CUCCUUUUCACUCUUCUCUCCUUCUCUCCGUCCAACUUAUUCUUUUGCUUUUUGGAUCCAACCGUCAAGCUGGCGUCCGAUAAUUCAAAAGCGUCUUCCCUGUUGGCCCCCCGUGGCAUCUCCUUCCCUCCGGAUGUUGACACAGGGCCGCAGCGGCUAUCUCCAAGCAUGACCUCAAAACAAGGCCGCCGGAGGCGGUCCAGCAGUCUUAUCUACCAGGAGCCAGCCGAGUCUAUCGAGCAUACCAGUGAUCAGGCCGCAUUGCCAAAUCUGAAUGCAAACUGGGUGAAUGCCAAGGGUGCCUGGACCAUCCAUUUCGUGUGUAUCGCCGCUCUCAAGAUUUUCUACGACAUCAUCCCGGGCGUCUCGCAGGAAACUUCGUGGACCCUCACCAAUAUCAGCUACAUGUUUGGAUCCUUCCUCAUGUUCCACUGGGUGCGGGGCAUUCCGUUUGAAUUCAACGCCGGUGCCUACGACAAUCUCAACAUGUGGGAGCAGAUCGACAACGGCGACCAAUACACACCCGCUAAGAAGUUCUUGCUCUGCGUGCCUAUCGUGCUCUUCCUCCUCAGCACUCACUACACCCAUUUCGAUUUGACCCACUUCACUAUCAACUUCCUGGCCACAUUGGGGGUGGUCAUUCCCAAGCUGCCUUUCUCGCAUCGGUUGCGAAUAGGUCUAUUCUCCGAUAUACCCGAGGAGUCAUAGUGGCUCCCAUUUAAUCUUUCCUUUUUUCUUUCUCUCCACUAUCCAUGUUGGCGUAUCCACGGCCUCGUUGAUUUCCCGAGCUUUCUCACCUUCCCCUCCUUUUCUCCAUAAAAGGCUUUUGCAUUGCGAAAUUGAUUGACGGGGGUUUGAACCGUUCUUGGUCACCGGGCAUCCUGUUUCUCUUUUUCUUUUUUUUUCGUCAGCAAAUAUGAAGACGCAGAAGUCACUGCGAACCAGUUCAAAUUCCCAUCCUUUCGGUCUGCCCUAGGCAGCUUAUCCUUGUUUAGAUUUCCAAGUAUUCAAGC